AUGAAGACCUUCCAGGUGACGGCUGCCGUGGCGUUGCUGCUGGUUGGCGCGGCCCCCGCCCAGGCGGCCUCCGACGGCCAGAAUCCACUGGGAAAGGUGUUGGAGCUGCUUGACUCCUUGUACGCUAAGGUGGCGUCCGCGGGCGACGCGGAGCAGAAGGCCUUCGUCGAGUACACCAACUGGUGCGACGAUGCAGCGAGCAACAAGCGCAACGAGAUCAAGACUGGUGAGUCGAAGAAGGGCGACCUCGAGGCCUCCAUCGGCAAGCUGAGCAGCGACAUCACCGUGUCCGAAGGCAAGAUCGAGGAGCUUGUGGCGAGCAUCGCGACCCAGACCAAGGACCUGACCGACGCGACGGUCAUCAGAAAGAAGGAGGCAUCCGAGUUCGCUGCGAACGAGGCAGAGCUGAUGGAUGCGAUCGACACGCUUGGUCGGGCCAUCAGCAUCAUCUCGAAGGAGAUGUCCAAGAACCCUGCGGCGUUCACCCAGGUGGACACCUCGAGCUUCAAGAACCUGAUGAAGGGCCUCACGGCCAUCAUGGAGGCCGCCUCCUUCUCCGCAGCCAGCCAGCAGAGACUGACUGCGCUCGUGCAGGCCAGCCAGAGCUCCGAGAGCGAGGAGGACCCCAUGGGCGCGCCCGCGGCGGUGGUCUACAAGACGCACUCCACGGACAUCCUAGACCUGCUCGAGGACCUCAAGGAGAAGGCCGAGGAGGACCUGGCAGCCCUGCGCAAGGCCGAGACAAACACGAAGCAGAACUUCGAGAUGCUGGAGCAGUCUCUCACCGAUGCGAACACAAACGACAACAAAGACAUGGCGGACGAGAAGGCGGCCAAGGAGGCAGCGGAGGAGGAGAAGGCGGCGGACACCAAGGACCUCGAGAUGACGGUCAAGGCCCUGGCGGAUGCGAACUCCGUCUUGGAGAGCAUCAAGAACGACUGCAUGCAGGUGGCUGCGGACCACGAGGCGACCGUGGCCGGCCGGAACGCCGAGCUCAAGGCCAUCGCGGACGCCAAGAAGAUCCUGGAGGACACCACCUCCGGAGCCGUGACGCAAAGCUACAGCUUCGCGCAGCUCUCGUCCCGCCGCGCGCAGAUGCGGACGUCCGUCGACCUCAAGAAGGCGGAGGUCAUCACCGCAGUGCAGCAGCUGGCCAGGCAGUACCACUCCUCGGCCCUCGCGCAGCUCGCAUCGCGCAUGCAGGCGGUGGUGCGUCUCGGCGCUGCUGCCGAAGGCGUACUGCGAUGA